UAUUACUUCAUUAGUUUCACACUAGAGUUUAGGCAGCCUCGAAUAUAGAUAUGGCAGGACGUCCGAACACCUCUCUCUUGUUUCUAGUUUCUUUACUUCUCUUAAUCACAUUCUCUGAUAUUGCUGAGGCUAUAAAGCUUCGUCCUUCAGAUUGCAAGCCAAAGUGUACCUAUCGUUGCUCGGCAACUUCACACAAGAAGCCAUGCAUGUUUUUCUGCCUUAAGUGCUGCGCAAAGUGCCUCUGUGUUCCUCCUGGCACUCAGGGCAACAAGCAAGUUUGCCCUUGCUACAAUAACUGGAAGACCAAGGAAGGAGGACCCAAGUGCCCUUGAAAUUCUUCUAUACGAUAGUAAUAGCAUAAUCGGAUAGCAGUAAUGGCACAAUUGUUCUCUUGCAGAGACAA